AUGUCCAGCCAGCUGCUCCCAUUGGAGCUUAUCGAUCGAUGCGUUGGCGAGAAGAUAUGGGUCAUCAUGAAGGGCGACAAGGAAUUCAGCGGCACUCUGCAAGGCUUCGAUGAUUUCGUCAACAUGGUGCUCGAAGAUGUGACCGAACUCGACUACAGCGGCAACCCAACGAAGCUUUCCAAGAUCUUACUUAACGGAAACAAUGUCUGCAUGUUGAUCCCAGGCGGGCUUGAUCAACAGUAG